AUGAAGAUUUAAGAAGAAUUUGUUUUAACCUUAACGCAGAUUUAGCGGAACGUCUAUUUAUUUAUCUUGUGUGUUGUUGAAAUGCAUUUUUAGUUGUAUAAUUUUCUUCCUCUAAAUAUCUACAGUUUCUUCUAGAUUUGGCCGAUCUAAAAUCCUUUUUAUAGAUUUAUUAAGUAAAGUAUAAUUAUGUCGAAUUCCCUCUGCAAAACAUCAGUUUUGCGAAUAUACCAAGAAGUCAUUGACGAUGUAGUAUCUGGUGUUAGAGAUUUGUUUGUCGAAGAAGGAAUAGACGAACAAGUCCUACAGGAACUGAAGCAAACUUGGGAAUCCAAAUUAUUGGCGAGUAAAGCAGUACAGGUUGAAGAAGAGAAACCAAAAAAACAGGGAAAUGUUAUACCAUCAAAUGGUUUUCCAAAACCAGUUCAGCAUAUCCAGCCGGCCCAACAAAUUCCACCUGUAGUCCCUGCUCAGGUUCAAUCAGUAGUUGAAACAAGAAUGGUACCGAUUCAAAUUACGUUACCACCACAACCUGGAAACGAUGGCGGAAGGGUUUUAACAAUACAAGUGCCUGCAACUGCACUUCAGGGUAAUCAGUUACAAAAAGUACUGACUGGCCCUGUUAUCACUGCAACUAUGGGCCUUCCACCAUCAAUUGCCUCAUCAUUAUUGCAACAGCACGUAAAUGCUGCCUUUAGUAGUCAACAACAAGCAGUAGCAGUUAUCAAUCGUAAUGUAGCUCAGACUGAUGGGACACACGAUGAUGAACAAAUUGAAAUUGAAUUUAUUUUACCAAAUAAAUGUAGUUCCAGCAAAAGUAAAUUACGACAUCAAAGAAAAGUACCAAAACUCAAACAAGUAGAUGGAUCCAUGGAUACUUCCGAUGAUGAUGAAGAUGGAUCCGAUGAUGAUAAUGAAGAUGACGAUUUAGAUGAUGACAAGGAUGAAGAUGACCAAGAAAUUGAAGAUGAGGGAGGCGAAGAAGAACCACUUAAUUCAGAGGACGAUGUAUCAGACGAUGAUCCAACUGAUCUCUUUGACACUGAUAAUAUUGUGGUGUGUCAAUAUGACAAAAUAAUACGGAACAGAAAUAAAUGGAAAUUUUAUCUUAAAGAUGGUAUAAUGAAUUUAAAUGGUUUGGACUAUGUCUUUCAAAAAGCUAAUGGCGAUGCAGAGUGGUAAUAUAAUGUUUAUAUGGUAUAUUUUUUGAGUUUAAACAGUUUUCCUGUAUGUAGAGUUUAGUGAAAAUUUGAAUCAUCUAGCCUACAAUUAAGUGCCAAAAAAAACUUAAUGUGCUGCUUUUCACAUAUGCUCUGUCACUAUAAAAAGUAAUGUAACAUAUGCUGUAUGAUUGAAAAAAAAAACGGUGUCCAGAGGCCCGAUUCUCUAAACAUAUUUCCUGUCUAGUGAUUCAUCAAUCGUAUAUAAAUAGCAUAGGCUAGAUCGGAAAUUUCUUGCUACGGAGCUUACAAAAUCCCACUGCAGUUGGCAUGGAAAUGACAUUGCCCACCAUAAUUUUUUCAUACAAAAUGACAGCAUUCUUCAUGUCAUAGCUGUCGCUGACGCCGCUUUUUUCGAGUGUCUUGUACUAUAUGAUGAACUGGACGCCGUUUUUUUUUCGAUCAUAUGGUACUUCUGUAUAUUUAAAAGGAAUAUCUGCUUUUAAAAUGUGACUAUGCUUAAAAUAUCAAACUAAGUAAUUAUAAGAGAUUUAAUAUUUUUCAGUAAGCAGUAAGAUUCAAUCCAAAUUUAAAGGUUAAGUAUGUUACUGUGAUACAAUUCAUGAGUUUUUUGUGAGUUUCGCUAUAAUCAUCGAAUAGGGACAAUAGAUUUUUCAGUCGAUGUAUCAGAUGAUGAUUCAAAAUUAAAAAUAAAAGAUAAUAUAAAUGGUUCAAUAUUUUAACACUUAUGAAUAUAAAAAAAAUCAAGUACCUAUUACAAUCCAGAUGUUUUCACUUCAUUCUUACUUAUAAAAUUGCUGAAAAACUACAUAAAUUCUAUAUUAAUAGUGACAGAAACUGUUCAAAUUCAAAAAAUAUUUUAUUAUGUCAGGUCAUAUAUGUUAAGUAUAUAAUUUGUUUUUUUCUUGUUGUUUGCCAGAUUUUUUGUUAUUUACCUCUUUAAUUAUAGAAGAAACAGCUAAGUAGUUUUAAUUGAAAUACUGUUUUGUUCACUGUAAAAUAUGGUUAUUAUAUGAUUUAUAAAA